AUGGACAUUGACUAUAGGGAAUUUCCGAUUAAUGAUCUUUUAGUGGACAUACACUGGAAUCUUGAUAGCUUACAUAUAGUGUUUGGCAAUAAUCUUAAUGAUAACCUUCUCUGCCAAAGUUCUGUAAAUUAUGAGAUCAGUAAUCACCGGGUUUGGUUUCCCAAUUCCAAAGGAUCUAAAGUUGCUAAUAAGAUUUACUCUUUUUUCAAUCAUUGUAAGGGUUCUGCAGAUUCAUGGGAUGGUUGGGGCAAGAUUUGGAGGCUCAAUGUGGCUCCUCGUGUCAAACAUUUCACUUGGUUACUGUUGCAUAAUGCAGUCCAAACAAUGGAAUAUUUGUACCAUUUAAAUCUGGGUCCUCAGACCAUGUGCACAUUUUGCAACCUGCUUCCUGAGUCGGCUGAGCACCUCUUUCUUAAAUGCCACAAGUCUCAACAGAUUUGGAAUCUAACAUGUUCGAUCAUUGGCAAGCCUAUUAACCUAUCACAGGGAAUCUCAUCGGGGCUUUGGUUGGAUCAGGAGAUGUCGGGCAAUGAGUCACAUAUCCAAUCGGUGAUUGCAGCUACAGUUUGGUUCAUUUGGAAAGCCAGGUGUAAUCGUAUUUUCAAAUUGGAAGAGCUUGAUUGUCAACUGAGCAUUCAUAAUUGGGGCUUGAAUUGUUUUGUCAAGACAAUCCUGUCAUCAAGUGCUAUGCUUAUCACAGAAAUCCAACAUGAUACACUGACUGAGGACUGGAGGAUUGAUCUGCAGAUUCGGAAUAUUAAAAAGCUACUAGAUGAGAUGGGUACCAGUUCCAUUUUGGGUGAUCUGCAAGUGAACUUCUACAACACAACCUGCCCACGAGCAGAGUCCAUCAUCAGAGCCGUUGUGCAGAAGCACUACAACAAAGACCAUUCCAUCACCCCUGCUUUGCUCCGCAUGCAUUUCCAUGAUUGCUUCGUUAGAGGUUGUGAUGCUUCAAUUCUAAUAGACUCAACAAAGAAGAACAAGUAUGAGAAAGCUGCAGGACCCAACCUCACCGUCCGUGGCUACAACAUCAUUGACCAAGCCAAAGCCAAGCUUGAGUCCCAAUGCCCCUCCACCGUCUCCUGCGCGGACAUCAUAGCACUUGCCACCAGAGACGCUGUUUCCAUGGCCGGAGGACUCACCUACAAUGUCCCAACGGGCCGCCGUGAUGGUCUUGUGUCCGACAUCAAUGAUGUGAACCUCCCAGGGCCUUCACUCACCGUAAGCCAAGCAAUGGGCUUCUUCACUGCCAAAGGACUGGCUCUUGAAGACAUGGUCAUCCUUCUAGGAGCCCACACUGUGGGUGUGGCUCACUGUGCCUUCUUUAGGGACAGGCUCUUCAACUUCCAAGGGACUGGUGCUCCGGACUCCACCAUGGACGCCAACCUGAGAAGCAGACUCAUUAACAUUUGCGGGGCUAAACAGAAGUCCAGUUCUUUGAAGAGUGAUCAGACUGGGUUCUUGGACCAGAACACUUCCUUCAUUGUGGAUAAUCAGUACUAUAAGCAGAUAAUGUUGGGCAGAGGUGUGUUGCAGAUUGAUAAUGAGUUGGCUCUUGAUAGCUCAAGUGCCAGCAUUAUCUCUGGAUUGGCCUCGGAUGCAGCUGGUUUUCUUCACAAGUUUGCUGAUGCUUUGGUGAAACUGGGGAACGUUGAGGUCCUGGAGGGAAGCGCCGGAGAAAUUAGGAAAAACUGCCGUGUUUUCAACACACCACCACCUUCCUCAAAAUUAACUAAUUAA